AGUGGUAGAAUGGGACAAACAUCUCUUCAAUGGCUGAUCUUUCUGACCUCACUGCUGAGCUGCACAACAAACCAGGCUCGUCUCACUGUGAGUCCCAGCAGCUCUCAGAUGUUUGAAGGAGAGUCUGUCUCUCUGAGCUGUGAGGAGGACGAACCCUCUGGAUGGACUCUGAGGAGAAACACGACCAGAGGAACCAGGACUCAGUGUGGAGAUGGAUGGGGAAAAACUGCUGGUUCCUCCUGUAAGAUCAGCUACAUUCUCCCAGAGGCCAGUGGAGUCUACUGGUGUGAGUCCAGAGAGGGAGAAACCAGUAACACCAUCAACAUCAGCGUCACUGGUGGACCAGUGAUCCUGAGGAGUCCUGUCCUCCCUGUGAUGGAGGGACAUGACGUCACUCUGUCCUGUAGGACAACGACGUCCUCCAACCUCCCAGCUGGUUUCUAUAAAGAUGGCUCCUUCAUCAGGACUGAGCCUGAAGGUCACAUGACCAUCCAGCAUGUUACCAAGUCUGAUGAAGGCCUCUACAGGUGUAACAUGACGGGUGGAGAGUCUCCACCCAGCUGGCUGUCUGUCACAGGUGAGGAGGUCACCUUUGAUUUCACCAGUUCAUUCACCCAGAUGUUCACCUGA